AUGCAUAGAGGAAGAGGAGAAGAAGAAGAAGAAGAAGAAGGAGAAGGAGAGGGAGUAGGGGAGGAGGAAGGGAGAGAAGAAGGAGAACGAGAAGGUAGAGAAGGAGAAGAAGAAAAAGGAGGAGGAGGAGGAGGAGAAGAAGAAGAAGAAGAAAUUAAUGACGAAGAAGACAAUGACGAAGGAGUUGAAGACGAAGGAAUUGAAGAGGAUGGAAUUAAAGAGGAAGGAGUUGAAGAGGAUGGAAUUGAAGAGGAUGGAAUUGAAGACGAUGGAAUUGAAGAGGAUGGAAUUGAAGAGGAGGGAAUUAAUGAAGAGGAUGGAAUUAAAGAGGACGGAAUUGAAGACGAAGGAAUUGAAGAGGAUGGAAUUGAAGAGGAGGGAAUUAAAGAGGAUGGAAUUGAAGACGAAGGAAUUGAAGACGAAGGAAUUAAAGAAGAGGGAGUUGAAGAGGACGGAAUUGAAGAGGAGGGAAUUGAAGAGGACGGAAUUGAAGAAGAGGGAAUUGAUGAAGACGAAGGAGUUGAAGAGGAGGGAAUUGAAGACGAAGGAAUUGAAGACGAAGGAGUUGAAGAGGAGGGAGUUGAAGAGGACGGAAUUGAAGAGGAAGGAAUUAAAGAGGAGGGAAUUGAAGAGGAGGGAAUUGAAGAAGAGGGAAUUGAAGAGGAGGGAAUUGAAGGAGUUGAAGAGGAUGGAGGUAAAGAGGAUGGAGAAGAAGAAGAAGAAGAAGAAGAAGAAGAAGAAGAAGAAUUAUAA